AUCUCACUCCUCUCUCCUUUUGCUUGGAAACCGGAGAGAUUCUCUUUCGUUUCUUCUCCAGGUAGAAACGAGCCGUUCCACGAGGCAGUGCUCAUUCUUUAUCAGAACUAUUUCAUAUGCUACAGUCAUUCAGGAUAUUUAGUCUUCCAAGCAACACAUGGCAACAAUUGGAGAUAUUUGUAUGGCUGCGGCUAUAAAUAUCCUAUCAGCUUUUGCCUUCUUUGUUGCGUUUGCUAUAUUAAGGCUUCAACCAUUCAAUGAUAGAGUAUAUUUUCCAAAGUGGUACCUCAAAGGGAUAAGGAGCAGCCCAACAAAAGCUGAAGGUUCUAUAAAAAAAAUUGUUAAUUUGGACUGCCGGACAUAUAUAAAAUUUCUGAGUUGGAUGCCAGCAGCAUUAAAAAUGCCAGAGCUUGAGCUUAUUGAUCAUGCUGGAUUUGAUUCGGUUAUGUAUAUCAGAAUCUAUCUCCUUGGACUGAAGAUAUUUGUUCCUCUUUCUGUUCUUGCAUUUGCUGUCUUGGUGCCAGUUAAUAUGACUGGCCGAUAUUUGGAGCAUCGUAAAGAACUAACAUUUAGUGACCUUGACAAACUCUCAAUAUCGAAUAUUCCCCCAGGCUCACAGAGGUUUUGGGCACAUUUAAUCAUGGCUUAUGUCUUUACCUUUUGGACAUGCUAUUCAUUAUACAAAGAAUACAAGCUUAUCGCAUCUAUGAGAUUGCAUUUUCUUGCAUCUCAAUCUCGCAGGCCAGAUCAAUUUACUGUCCUCGUGAGGAAUGUUCCCACUGAUCCUGAUGAAUCAGUAAGCGAGCAUGUUGAGCAUUUCUUCUCUGUUAAUCAUCCUAAUCACUAUCUGACUCACCAGGUUGUGUAUAAUGCAAACAACCUCUCAAGAAUAGUUGAUAAGAGGAGAAGUUUACAAAACUGGCUUGAUUAUUAUGAAAAUAAAUACAGAAGAAAAUCUGCAUCAAGGCCAAAAACCAAGACUGGAUUCUGGGGUUUAUGGGGAACGUCUGUGGAUGCUAUCGACUACUAUGCUGCUAAGAUAGAAGACCUAUUAAACAAAGAAGCUAAAGAAAAGGAAAGGGUAAUUAGCGCCCCAAAAUCCAUAAUGCCUGCUGCAUUUGUCUCAUUUAAAACAAGAUGGGGAGCAGCAGUUUGUGCUCAAACGCAGCAGUCAAGCAACCCAACAUUGUGGUUAACAGAAUGGGCUCCUGAGCCUCGUGAUGUCUAUUGGCCAAAUCUAGCAAUUCCCUUUGUUGAGCUUACAAUAAGGAGGUUGCUUAUGGCUGUAUCACUUUUCUUCUUGACAUUCUUUUUCAUGUUUCCUAUUGCAAUCGUUCAGUCCCUUGCAAAUCUUGAGAGCAUUGAAAAGGUUUUGCCUUUUCUGAAGCCUGUUAUAGAAAUCCCCACAAUCAAGUCUUUCAUUCAAGGUUUUCUACCGGGAAUUGCUCUAAAGAUCUUUCUCAUUAUUCUUCCAACGAUUCUUAUGACUAUGUCUAAGAUAGAAGGUUUCACAUCACUGUCAUCUCUGGAGAGGAGAUCUGCUGGAAAGUACUACCUCUUUAUCUUGGUUAAUGUUUUUCUUGGAAGCAUAAUCACAGGAACAGCAUUUCAAAACCUCAAUGUUUUUCUUCAUGAAUCUGCUAGCGAAGUUCCUGUAACUGUUGGCGUCUCCAUCCCCAUGAAGGCAACAUUUUUCAUCACAUAUAUUAUGGUUGAUGGCUGGGCGGGCGUUGCUGCAGAGAUUCUUAGAUUAAAACCAUUGAUUGUUUUUCAUUUGAAAAAUGCCUUUUUGGUUAAGACUGAAAGGGAUAGAGAACAGGCAAUGGAUCCUGGGAGUUUGGAUUUUGCCACAGCUGAGCCUAGAAUUCAACUCUACUUCUUGCUUGGACUUGUGUAUUCAGUUGUCACACCAUUCUUUCUUCCCUUCAUUGUUAUUUUCUUCGGUUUGUCAUAUCUUGUUUUCCGUCAUCAGAUUAUAAAUGUGUACAACCAAGAAUAUGAGAGUGGAGCUGCAUUCUGGCCAGAUGUUCAGAGACGUGUGAUAACUGCAUUGAUAAUAGCGCAACUUUUACUAAUGGGUUUGAUAAGCACAAUGCACGCUGCCAACUCGACUCCACUGCUCCUUGUUCUUCCUGUAUUAACGAUUUGGUUCCACUUUUAUUGCAAACAUCGGUUUGAACCAGCAUUUGUGAAGUUUCCACUACAGGAUGCAAUGGUGAAGGACACAUUAGAGCGUGCCAUCGAGCCAAACUUCAACUUGAAGGCCUACCUCCAAGACGCUUAUAUCCACCCAGUCUUUCGCAAGGAUGAGUUUGGCCAGCCAUUGGCUAUGGAUGACGAGGAGAACGUCCUUGUGCCCACUAAAAGAAAUUCUCGGAUGAACACUCCUGGAGAAAGUAGGCGUGGCUCUGAUAUUGAAGAUGCUGACAAGUAAAAUAUUUCUUACAACUACCUUUAUUUUAUUUUAUUUUUAUUUUGCACUCAACUUUAAGCUGUAUCAGAAGAUAUAUUUGUUAUAGUUCUCUUUGGCAUGAAGCUCUGCUUCUCACUAUAUACAUUACAUAAUGCUAUAGCUACAUUUUUUUUUAGCUAGUCAAGACUACAUUUGAAAACA